AGUGCUUCAAUGACACCUCUACCCGUGUUAACAGAUUAACCAUUCACGUAUUUUGCCUCGAGUGAUGCUGAUAGUGGUGACAACAGUGAUGUCAGAUAUAUCGUGUCAGAAGUGAUACCAGAUCCACCAGUUGAUUACAACGAUACGAUGGAACUGUGGAAUGACGUUUAUCUCAACUACACAACGUUACAGUUUAACGUUAUUGCCAUUGAUAACGGGACGGUACCACACGGUGAUACAGCGUCCGUUAAUAUAACAGUUAGUAAUACGUGCGUAAUGGAUGUUCUGUUUGGGGAUAUUACAUACAUAUUUGCAGUAAACAAGUCUACUGGAGGAAUGACCCUUCGUAUACCCAAAUAUUAUGUAGUUGAUUUCCUAUGCGCAGAUGAUAUUGGACUUACAACUGGUAUUGUAUUGGACAAUAUGAUGUCAGCAUCAUCUUCCUUGGAUUCCCUGCUCACAGGACCCGGGCGAGCCAGAGUCAACGAUACAGCAAAUGCAUUCAGCGGACUGUCUGGUGGUUGGGUAGCCGGUACUGCAGAUACAAAUCAGUAUAUAGAAGUUGAUAUGAGUUUACCCUACAAGUUCACAAAGGUUCAUAUUCAAGGUCGUGAGGAUGCUGAUGAAUGGGUUACAUCAUUCAAAAUAUUAUACUAUAAUGAUUCUACAGCGGCAUGGGAUGAAUACACACACACAAAUGGCCAAAAUGUUUUUGUGGGUGUAGCAGAUAGAAACACAAUAACCCAGUUGGACUUGGACCCUGCAGUAUUGAGUACAAAGAUUCGAAUAAAUCCACAGACAUGGGCUGGAGGAAACAUUUCACUGAGACUGGAGUUAUCCGGCUGUGAACAAGCGGAACAGCUGUACUACGAUGUGAGCUGUGUACGAUGUGAAGCCACAAAUUACUGUGAAGGCGAAGGAAUCCAGAAGCCAUGUGGUAGGUGUGAUCCUUACGACCCAUUAUCUACUUGCGGUCGCAAUCCUGUAGAACAUUCAUUUGGACAUGCCUCAGAAUGCACAACUUGUCCAGAUGGCUGGAUUUGCAAAGAUGGUUACGCCACCCCAUGUGAAGAUUUUUACUACGUAGAAUGUAACUCAACUUGGUGCCCAGAUAAUUGUACCCACUGCGAACCUGGUUAUGCCUGCCUUGAUGGACGGAGAACACAGUGCCGACCUGGUUAUUAUUCAGAUGGAUUCAGGGAACACUGCUCUGCCUGUGACCCCGGUACCUAUCAAAACCAGUCUGCAUCCAGCACAUGUGUUUCUUGCCCUGCCGGACACUAUAGUGGUACUGGCAUGCCAGCAUGCGAAACAUGCGAACCUGAAGAGUAUGCAUUAAACGACGGAACAGGCUGUGUACUUUGCGCAGACGCAGUAGAGUGUCCUUGUAUGACUUUGGAUAAAUGCUUCAAUGGUACUGGAUGUUACAAUACUGGAAGUGGAACUUACCAGUGUGAACCGUGUCCUGACGGAUAUGAAGCUUCUGGUACCUCUUGUUCUGAUAUAGAUGAGUGUGCUGACAACAACCCGUGCUUCGAUUCAAGAUGUAUCAACACAGUACCUGGCUUUCAGUGUCUAGAGUGUCCUGAAGGCUACUCCGGCACAUUUGAGGACGCCUAUGCCUGGGGCGUACACCAGAGGGUGUUUGUUUGGAUGAACACAAUGUAUGACAACACGUCUUACCAAACUUGUAACGACAUUGACGAGUGUGCUGUAAAUAAUGGAGGUUGUGACUCCAGAAUGCCGUGUGUUAACACAGCGGGCAGCUAUUAUUGUGAUUUUUGCGAGACGGGAUAUAUUGGUACAAACAAGAGCGGCUGCUAUCUAGAUAAUUUCUGUAUCUCUGGCGCACAUGAUUGUAACAAUGUCUGGGCGAACUGUGUUUACUUGGGACCAGCUGAGUAUAGAUGUGAGUGUAAGCCUGGCUAUGCGGGUAACGGAGAGAGGUGCGGUUUAGACUCGGACAAUGACGGACACCCAGACAACGGAAUAUCCUGCAUCGAUUGGGGAUGCUUCAGGGACAACUGUCGCUAUGUAUCUAACAGUAACCAGGAAGAUAGUGAUGGUGAUAACAGCGGGAAUAACUGUGAUUCUGACGAUGAUAAUGACGGAAGAUGGGACUAUCUGGACAACUGUCAGUAUGUCUCUAAUUGGAACCAGACUGACACUGACGCUGAUGGUGUAGGCGACGCCUGUGAUAACUGCCCCAAUGAUAUAAAUGCUGAUCAACUAGAUACCGAUGGCGACGGUGUUGGUGACAUUUGCGACUCGGAUGACGAUGAUGACGGUGUACUUGAUGGUAGUGACAAUUGUCCGCUGGUCGCCAACGCGGGUCAGGAAAAUACAGGUGAUAGUGACACGGUAGGAGAUGCGUGUGACAACUGUAUUAAUGUUGACAACGAUAACCAACUAGACACAGACCAGAAUGGUGUAGGUGACGCCUGUGAUACAGUUGGUGGCACAAAUAAAGAUGAGGAUGGAGACAGCAUUCUUGACAUUCUGGACAAUUGUCCCUUAUAUCCUAACGCUGAUCAGUCGGACAUUGAUUCUGACGGCACGGGUGACCUAUGUGAUUCGGAUAUGGACGGCGAUAGUGUUAUCAAUGACCUUGACAACUGUCCAUAUUAUAGCAAUGUUGGUCAGGAUGACGUGGAUGGUAAUGGGGUUGGUGAUGAUUGUGAAACUGACGCAGACGGAGACAGUGUGAUUGAUAAAAAUGACACCUGUCCACACAAUCCAGCCAUCAGUACCACAAGUUUUAGCAAUUAUUUCACUGUUGAACUUGACCCUUCAGUUUCUGCUGAUGCACCGUAUUGGGAAGUCAAAGAUAAUGGGGCAGAAAUUCAACAGACAGUGCACACAUGGAUGCCUGUCAUGCUUAUAGGUGAGCAAGCUUACGGAGAGGUGGAAUACGCUGGAACUUGGUUCACAAAAUAUUCAUCGGCCUCGGACUAUUUUGGCUGUGUGUUUGGAUACACGAACAAUAGGAUGUUUUAUGUGGUCACAUGGAAAGGUGUUCACAAUAAUUACGGGGAUACGACAUACAAAGCUGGAAUUAAGGGAAUCCAGUUGAAGGUGGUAGACUCAAGUACUGGACCUGGCAGCACUAUGGCAGAGGCUGUCUGGCACAGUUAUGGUACGUCAGGAGAAACUAGACUUAUUUGGCAGGAUGCAAAUCUUCAAGGAUGGUUGCCAGAGACAUCGUAUAGAUGGUUCAUAACACACCAACCGUCCAUAGGAUAUAUCAGUAUCCAGGUAUACCGUGGUUACACGUUACUUGUUGAUUCCGGACCUUUAUACGACUCCACAAUAUCUGGAGGAAGACUUGGUGUGUUGCAGUUUGGUGACAUGUCAGUUAUUUGGUCAAAUCUGCGUGCUGAGUGCUUAGAUCAUACAAACCAGGCGUUACAUUUUGACGGAAUAGACGAUUAUGUUACGCUUGAUGAUAUACUGACCCUGCAAAUAGACGAAAGUCUUACCGUGGAGGUUUGGUUGAAACUGGAUAGCGGUUACACGACUGGACCAUAUCCCAUUUUCUGUACGUCAAAUGGCACCCUAUGUCUUUGGGUGGAGAACUCGUUGAUAUAUGGUGGAUAUGGAACACAGUCUGUAGUGUCGUCCUCAAUACUGUCUGCUGACGUCUGGUAUAAUGUCAUAUACAGGCACAGCAUAGAAGACGAUACCAUUGCUGUAUUUAUUGAUGGUGUUCAAGACGGUAUAACAGCAGGUGUGUCGAUGGUCAACUGGACUCUUGAAGCUGAGACACAUGAUCUGACGGUAUACCUUGGCAAACAGAACAAUACUUACUUCAGGGGUACAAUAGAUGAACUGCGUCUUUAUUCUGUCGCCGUACCGGAUACUGAUAUAUCCUCACACAUAAGUUUGGUAACCCUUGAAAGACCAAUGUUCAAAGAUUAUGGAGUACUACAUUUCAAGAUGGAGGAAACAGCUGGAUCGAGCAAUUUAACAAAUUCUGCUUCACUUACGGCUACUUCAGAUCUGUCCGGAUGUAGUUUUGUUACGAGUUACCAGCAAUACAAUCAAUUUGUGCUGACGUAUCCCAACAACAGACGUUAACUCUCGACACUGAAUUUAUGAGCUGUGAACAUUUUAAUUAUUGAUGCUACUGUACUGUUGUGAAGUUUCUUAACUUGGCAGUUCUGCAAGAUUAGUUCAUUUCUAUCUAAAAACGAACAACAAAGACACAACCGACGCAACCCGUUUAUGAUUGGAUAAUAAGACCAAAUGAUCUUUCUUUUCCAAGUCUAUGCUAGUAACAAGGUUAUUAAUUACAUUUUGUUAGUUAUUUCGUCGCCACAGAAUCUGCACAUGUGCCUGUUAUACAUAGUGCAAUCUUAAACUUUUGUUUAGGCAGCAAGAUUUCGCUAAGACCUACUCGUUUUAUUUUCAAUACAAUGCAUAUAGUUCGUCAUACCUUUUAAGCCGGUUGUAGACGUAACUAGAAGACAUCCUCCGCAGUGAUUAAUACUCGGUCCUUAUUUCAUACAACAUGUCAGCAAUCAGCAAAUCAGAUUAUUUGUUCAGCUUGAGCUGUCGAAUAGGUAAAGUACGUAUCAAAUAUUUGAAACGUAUCAUGCUAUGUUGCACCUUAAAUUGGUAGCAACGCGUUUUGGUAGUCACUACCAAAAUUCGGCCGAGUUUUGGUAGUCACUACCAAAACGUGUUAGACUCAACGAAAUUUGGUAGUUUACAGAAUUGUAGUACCAAAAUGCGUCGAAUAUGUAUACGAAAAACGGUAUUAAUAAAAAUCUCAUGAUUUGCAAAAAAAAAGAAAGAUAUUUUGUGACAAAUGGUCAAUAUUAUUUCAAAGAGUGUCAUGAUGGAACUUAGUCGCUCAUCCGACCUUGACCUUCUAAUCUUGAAAAUAUAUUCAGUCAAGCAGGAUCAUUGGAACACACGUGAGUCUUACUUUGACAUAUAUCGAGAGAUAUUGAAGGAACUUGGCACAACUGUUUACCACAAUUAUUUGACGCAUGACCUGACCCUGGGACAGGUUUCACAAACGCUCAUAAGUAAGUAUAGACUGUAAAGACUGUUUGAGGUUAAAAUUCUAGCGAUUCACGAGAAACGGUCACAUAAGACGGUCUGUAUAAUACCUUUAAAAGUAUAUGCAAGGUAGAUACCAAUAUAUGUAUGCAAUAUUCAUCCACCAAAAUUCUUUAGAAGUUUUCAAUGUUGUUUAAUAUAGUGAAGUGAAAUGCAAUUAAAUAAUGCAAUCCCGCAGAGAAUUUAUUCGAUGGUUACCGACUAAUUUAUUCACACACAGUUAUCGAGGUCGGCCGAGUAAAUACCAAGCACUUGUAUUUUUGUAUACCGGGCAUAACUUUCUCGUAUGUUCACCUGGUGCUGGAAAAAACUUUACGUACACCCAGGGGAGUAGGACUGCCGUUGGACUGAAUGCACAAAUGUACACUCCUGAAUUGUUACAUCUGUUUUAAAGUUGAGGUUCAGUUGCACAUUAGCUGAGCGUCUGUCUAUUACUCGACUAAAUGUUGGUAUCUUGGAAAAAUGAGCCUUAUUAUAAUAACUGAAUAUUCAGGAUAAAUACUUUAUGCGACUUGGAACGAGAACCAUAUAUAUCACAUUAGGACCUCCACAGAGGUGGCGUCGGUAGCAGCGUUCAAGUUUGCGUCCGCUUAUAAAUUUAUAUGUAAUCAGAUCCUUCGCCAGAGAAUACUGAAAGUUUAGCACCAGAGGGUGCAGAUCCUUCGCCAGAGAAAACUGAAAAUUUAGCGCUAGAGACAGCAGAUCCUUCGCCAGAGAAUACCGAAAGUUUAUCACUAGAGAGUGCAGAUCCUUCGCCAGAGAAUACUGAAAAUUAAGCACUAGAGAGUGCAGAUCCUUCGCCAGAGAAUACUGAUUCAGUGCCAGAGAGAACAGAUCCUUCGCCAGAGAAUGCUGAAAGUUUUAUCAUCAGAGAGUUCAGAUCCUUCGCCCGAGAAUACUGAAAGUUUAGCGCUAGAGAGUGCAGAUCCUUCGUCAGAGAAUACUGAUUCAGUGCCAGAGAGAACAGGUCCUUUGCCAGUGAACACUGAAUGUUUAGCACCAAAGAAUGAAGAUCGUUUGCCAGAGAAUACUGAAAGUUUAGCUCCAGAGAGUGCAGAUCCUUCGCCAGAGAAUACUGAAAGUUUAGUACCAGAUAGUGCUGAUCCUUCGCCAGAGAAUACUGAUUCAGUGCCAGAGAGAACAGAUCCUUCGCCAGAGAAUACUGACAGUUUAGCGCCAGAGCGUACAGAUUCUCUUGAUCCUCAGAUAAAGUGUACCGUUCCUCAGCCAGAGAAUAUAGAUUCUUAGCCGGAUACUUUAACUUUGCUACGAUUAAUUGAGAGACAGCGUCAUAGGAAUAAAAAAAGUGUGUAUUCCCUCUAUAUUUCGCUUUGAUAUGCUACCAUUGCACGUACAAAUUCAAAUAGUGAAAAUUUGUCUGAAGGAGAAUCCAUCAAAUACGAUUUGUUUUAAAUAAAGUGGAGCAUUUUUGAGAAAUAAUUAAGUUAACAGGAAUUCUCAGACCCAGCAUCUACCUUUCUGAAGGAAUAGCAGAGGAAGUCUGCAAAUAAUCAGCCUUUAGAGGAGUCUUUUAAAAUGAGGAAGAAAUAGCGGUUAAUUUUAGAAAUAAAAAAAAUGUGAUAAAGGAACCAAGAUGGUCAAAUACACUAGUCUUUGUUCAGUCUAACGCAAUUUGGUAGUGACUACCAAAACUCGGUCGAACUUUGGUAAUGACUACCAAAACUCGGCCGAAUUUUGGUAGUGACUACCAAAACUCGACCGAAUUUUGGUAGUUUCUACCAUAAUGCGUUGCUACCAUUUGGAGGCGCGGUAAUGGAACGCAUUUUGGUAGUUUCGUCUACUUCAGUGGCUGGGCUCAUUUUAAUGAUACACACGAAUGAGGAAAUAACAACCCAAAAAUGUUAAAUUCUGAGAGUGCAUAAGGGGUCUUAAACAUAUCUAAACGAAAGUCAGAAAUACGAUAUAUAUUAUAUAUAUCGUUUCAUGUAGGUUUGAGGGAUCAUAUACGAAGCUUACUUCGCAGUAAGAUAAACUGUCGUCAUCAUUAUUUUCAUCCUCAAUAUCAUCUCCACAAUCAUCAUUUUUCAUUAUUAGUUAUUAUCAGUUUCAUUAUCAUCAUUAUCAUCACUACCAUUAUCAUCAUCAUACAGGUCGUCAUAACCAUUGAUUAAAUUCUAUGAAAAUUAAACAAUUUAACAACACAAGCAUAUAUACGUUACUUUGAUUACAAAACAUUUAAAUAAUUGUAGGGUAUGCACUGUCAAGUUUAAGAAUUGAAAUGUAUGCAAAACACAAUCAAGAACUGUAAGAAAUAGGAAAAUGCUGAUCAUGUGAUUAAUAUGUUUAAUUCUAUGGAAAUUAAUCAUUUUCACAACACAUGCAAAAUAUACGUUAUUUUGAUUACAAAACAUUUAAACAAUUGUAGGGUAGCUCUAUGCAAAGCUAAAGGAAAGCUGCUGGUUAUCAAACUUGCGCGAGAUAGUAUGCCUAUAAAUAUUCUGACCAAGUUUGGUGAACAAUAACAUCGGACAAAAACUGCUCAUUUAAGAAAGCGGAAACUGUCAACAUUCACAAUUCUGAGUUAUUCGAGGGACAUACCUCCAGAGCUACUGAAAUGAUCUGACUGGUUAUAGAUCUUGACCAAGAUAUAAUGCAAAUCAGCAUACUGACCAAGUUUGGAGGAUAUUCGAAAAGAUUGCUUAAGUUUAAGAGUGGACGCUGCCAAUACUUGCAAUUUUGAGCAAAUGAAAGGGCGAAACUCUAGAACUACUGGGACGAUCCGGCUGAUUAUCGAACUUGUCCCAGAUGUUAAGAUUCUGACCAAGUCUAUAGAACACUGGAUAAAAAAUGCUCAAGUUAGAUAGCAAACAACUUUUGGAGUCGCCCGCCCACCGCAGGUGUUCUUGCAAUGCGUCGUAUACAAAUAAAGAAGAAAGCCAAAAUCUGCGAUAAAUAUUAAGAGAAAAUCAUUCGCAUAUAUGUACAUAAAUAAUAAGAUACAUGACGUUGUAUACCUCAUUGCGGAGCAAGUUUCAUUUCUGAGUAAAUUAUAUAUUUCUUACAAAUCUAAACACACAGAACCCACCAUUUCCAUGUGUUGCCAGAGGAGGACCCCAAAAUACCACUCGCAUGUAUACAUCAAAAUCAAAAUCAAAAUCUAACGACGGAGAAUGCAGUUUUUGGAAAAUUAGUCCAGUAAGCCCAGGCCCACAUUUUACCAUUUUUUUACGCUGUGUUUCAAAGAUAUCUGUGAUUUACUCUCGAAACCCCUCACCUUUAAAGAGAGAAAAAUUAAUUUGGCCGGAAAUAUUUAUCUGAGACCCCUUUACACGGCAAUCAGAAUUCACCAUUAUGGUUAUGUUGGAUGUUUUAAAAAAUAUUUUGGUGGAGGACCCACGUGCCUUCCUCACAUAUAUAAUCCGUUUCACACAUAAAUGUGUCAAUGUUAUUGCAAAGGAAACGUCGUUAGAAGCACCUUUCACACUCUCUGGAAUCUACAUUUUGGUUGUUUUAUACGAAAACUAUAUAUGGAGAGAGGAACUUCGAACCAUUUUUAUGAGACAUUCAAUCCUUUUAUCUCUCUCUUUUAUGCGUAAUGCAAAAAAUGAGCUCAGCCCCCGGUGUAGAAAAAGCUAUCAAAAUACGUUCCAUACCAUGAUCCUUAACACAUCAUAUGUACCAUUGCAACGUAUUUUGUCGCUACCAAAACUCGGCCGAAUUUUGGUAGCGAAUACCAAAACGCGUUGCUACCGUUUUGAGAUGUAACAAUGCUAUUAUACCUGUAAGGUUGAAAUACUCAAGAUAAUAUGGGAUGGUAAUUUAUUUCUAUGAAGUCUAUCAUGAUUAUAAGGCUAAUUUGGUCACAAUAGUGUCUUUGCUGUCCCAAAAAAUAGGAUCAUAGGUUGUACACUGUGGAAUUUAUAAAUCUUUCGCUAGUGUCACAUACAUUGACAAAUCCUUAAUGUUACGGAUGAACAUAAAACGCCAUUUUCUAGAUAAUAUAGAUUAUAAUCAAGUAGCGUCUUUUCUUACUUUUUAACAACUUACAUAUUUUUUUAUUUUAGUGUUUUUUUAGUUAGCAGUUUAAUGCGCACUAUUGUGUCAUGUCUGUGUCACGUCACCAUUACGGAGAAUCGCUAUGAAAUUUAUAUGGGGUUUCUUUUUUUUGCGGUUUCGUCGGGGGGGGGGGGGGGGGGGGGGGGCGUCAUUCGUGGCGCGGUGGUCAUGUCAUGAUUGAUAUGCUCCUGUUAAUAUUUUACAUGUUUAAUUUAGCAAUAUAUCAUAUAUUUAUUAGCGAAAUAAUUCUUUGUAUUACAGUGAUACUUAAAAGUUGCUCUUAUGCGAACUUGCUUCAUUUUACUGUUAUUUUAUGUUAUUUUGUUUUGUUUUUAUUUUCAUUUAAUUUUGCAUUUUCAUUGUUGUAUUAUUGAACGUCAGGCUGACAUAAAUGUAAGUCAUAAGACAACUUUACAGCUUUUGCUGGUGGGGGAGACUUAAGGUGCCCCUUCUUGUAUUAUUUCAUGCCUAAGUGGGCACUGUAGUAGGACUAACUAGCUUCCCUAUGUCAGCUUCGUGACAUGAAAGAAUUUUAACACUCCAAGCUUCAAACUAACAGCGGGAAGGUGCAAGUGAUUCGAAGUCAGAGAGCUUAACGACUAGAAUUUAACCCGUUAAACUUCAUAGAAUGAUUGGCUGUGCUCAAUCAAUGACUCAUAUUGCUUGGGGGCUGCAGAUCAAUGUCACAGUGGCAUUUGGACUAAAGAUAUUUUACAGUACACAACACAACCCGUGGGCCUACUGUCUUAGAGGGGAUUCGUGGCCAGGUGAUUAAGAUCGCCGGAUAUGUGCCAUCGUCACUGCGGGUUCAAAAUGUUGUUUAUGGCGUAGAAUUCUUCCAUGUGAGGAAACCAUCCAGUUUGCUUACGGAAGGUCGAUGGUUUACACAGAUGCGCAUCUGUGAUUGAUUAGUGCUCACAGGGGCACCUCGUGUCUUCUUCACCAUCAAAAACUGAAAAGUCACCAUCUGACCUAUAAUUGUGUCGACGUGACGUUAAACUCUAAAAAACAAAAACUCAUAAUCUGUCAAACUUUUAGGAUGAUUACUUGGGUCCGUUACUUCAGGGUUAGUAGAUCAAAGGUCAAUGUCACCGUGACCUUGAGAGUGAAAAGUUUUCAGAUCAAUAACUAAAGAAAACAGCAUACUGUCCUCAAACUCAUAGAAGGGUUGUCAAUAGAUUAAAUUGACAUUGAAAAUGCAAAUUGUUUCCAUUCAUUAAAUGAAACAAUCGUUGUCCUAAUGCCGGUGUAUUUUACUUGAUGAUUGACUAGUUGAUAGGUACCGUCACAUCAACGGUCAAUGUCACAGUUACCCUAUUGUUGAUCAUUAUAUUUACUUAAAUUACUAUUACCGGGCCUAUAGCCGAUGAUUGCAUUCUGGUCACUUUAUGAGCAUUUUCUUUUAUUGUCGAGGUUAACAUCGCAAAGGUUAAGGUCACGGUGACCUUGUUGAACCAGAAAACUGAUUCUGGUCAAUAACUGGAGCAGGCGAGGACCUUUGCAACCUUCAGACUUAAUGAAAUGAUUGCCUGUGUUCAGCAGAAUACCCGGAAAUACUCUAGUGCUUAGGUCGUGAUCAAAAUGAAAUUCUCGGUGACCUUGGGGCUGAAAAUUGUUUCUUGUCAAUACCUAGAAAUACGUUGGAUUCAUCAAAUGUCAUACUCCCAUUGCCUGUGAUCAAAGGAUACUGUCAAUAGUGUUUGUCAGCAGCAUACUUCAUAUUGCACAUACAUACCUGGGCACUUCUAACAGGCUAUCUCUUGUUUAAUGUUUGUUGAUUAGUUGUGUUUGUUGCAUAGAAUAUCUUUUGUCAUUUCUUUUCUAUAUUAAGUAAAAAAAAAUGCACCGCAAACAUAGUAUGGUUUAACUCUUGAAACGAAUGUUCUUUGUGAAAUGGAUGGAUAUUGCAUGUUAAUUCACAUUUCCAUUUAAAUUAACCACAUAUGAUGAAAAUCAGUAUCAGAUAGCUCCAUAAUCAACUUGUAUGAUGGUUUCCGGAGAAAUCUAUUCACCCUCUGAUGAACACAACUUGAGAAAAGGGUGACAGUAGUCGGACUCUCACCUGCAUUUUAAUUAGUUAAGUCAUUAACUAGCCUGACCUGUUUUUGUACAAGUGUAUUAAUUCUUGAUAUUUUGCUGGUCAAAGUAUCAAAUUCAUUUGUUACUCUGUUCUCUAAAUAAAACACUAACAAUUAUA